AUGGAGACAAAGUCUGGCGUAGGAAUUACUGACCACUGGAUGAAAAUUAUGAUGGAGCCGGCCGGCAGCGACAAACAAGUACAGAACGACAAUAGAUCCUUAGUGAAGCGCGAAAAGAUGGCAGAAGCUUAUAACGGCCAAGACAAUAACAUAACUUAUGAAAUGAAACAGCAAAGUGAAGUAAGAUACCGAUGCGAUGUAUGUGACUUGGGUUUCGAUGGCAUGGAACUUUUAAUGUUGCAUAAAAAAUUUCACGGCAACGAUAAAGACAUACCCCAAAUGGAGCCCGAUCCACCUAUUAUAAAAGAAGGCCCAAAGAAGCGUCGGAAGUUUAAAUGCGACCAGUGUGACGUGAAAGUGAACUCACAGUACCAUCUCGAUAUACAUCGUAGUAAACAUGAAGGUAAUGCGUCCAAAAAAUAUAUUUGCCAAGUUUGCGACCGCAGUUUUGUUGCGGCACAGUUCCUAAAAUCCCACAUGCAAUCUCAUUCAUUAACAAGCACAAUAAAUUGUGAGAUUUGCAAUAAAAGUUUUACAGGACAAGCAUAUCUUAAACUUCACAUGCAACUUCACAAUGAUAUUAAGAAGUUUAAGUGUUCUAAAUGUGAUGAAAUGUUUCCAACGAAAAAUUGUCUAAAGAUCCAUAUGAAAAAACAUACAAAAGUAAAAAAUUUUAAGUGUGAUUUCUGUCAAAAGUUGUUUGUGUCAAAAAUAACUAUGGAAAAACAUCGGCAAACUCAUGAAGGGCAGCCGGCAGACUGUCAUGUUAAAUGUCCACAAUGUGACCGAACCUUACAUUCAUCUCUACUUAGAACACAUAUUGCUAGGGCACAUCCUUCAACAAUUGAUGAUGAUGUGAAGCGCCCUCACAAGUGUUCAACAUGCGGAAAAAGUUUUAUUGUUAAAAUUAACUUGAAUUUGCAUAUUAGAGUGUGCCACCCAGAUUUAGCAGAGCCCGAGGAAGAGGAUGAAGAUGUAAUGACAGAUAACUCU